GAAGGACCGGAGCGCAAGCGGUGGCAGAAGCGGCGGCUCGGCGUCUCAGGUGUGCGUCGGUGGUUUGGCUCGCAGCACUUCCCUGCAAAGGAGGAGGGGCUGCUAGUUACUGUCUGCCAUGGAGAAGUCUGCGAGUGGUCAGGUGUACCGGUACCCACCGGCCUCAGGCCUUCUGCUGGGCGCUGGCUUGGUGGGCUACUGUGCCACGCUGCUUCUGCUGGUGAGCUUUGCAAGCCCUUACUGGCUGGAGAGCUACCAGGAGGCCAACAUGGAGUUUGUGCGGCUGGGCCUGUGGGACGUCUGCUUCCACAACUACCGCCACCCGUCCUACCAGUAUGAUGAGACCUUCAAUGGCUGCCACUGGAUUCACUCGUACGCCUACCAGAACAUCCGUGACUGGCUCCUGCCUGGAUGGCUCAUGUUUGUGCAGAGCAUGAUGACGUUGGCGCUUAUGUUUGCCUUGGGUGCCCUGGUCUUGCUGAGUGUGGUGCUAAUGCGUUACAUGCUGCGCUUCGAGAUCAUCUUCCUGCUGGGUGCAUUCAUCCUCGAGGCCAUUACAGCGGUGCCCGUGUUCCUGUCAGUGGCGGUGUUUGGGGGCAUGUGCUUCGACCGCUCCUGGCUACAGUACCCAAAUUACAACCACCUGUCAUGGGCCUAUGCGCUUGCCGUGGUCGCCUUCUUCUUCCACACACUUGCCGCCGUGAUGCUGCUAGGAGAGACCUUCAAGGCCCGCGAGCGUCGGCGACGGGCCAACAACCUCAUCUACAACAUGCAACCCAGGACGGCGCCGGCUGAUCCGGCAACGCGCCUUUACCUUUUCCCUGCCGACGGCACCUCAGUCUGAGGAGAGAGCACCCACGGCUGACAGGCACAACCCCCUCUCCUCUGUCGCCCGACUAACUGCGACCUUGACGGGGCAGCAAACCGUGGUCCUCCCCUCUUGCCUGCUGGCCAGGCCACUGGCGAUAGCAUAGGUGCUGGGCCCAGCGUAAGCUGCAAUCACACUCCCUAUCUGCACCUCACGUGCUACUUUCUCAUGUGCCGACACCAGUGCCUGACUCGCUGUAGUAAACGCGGGAAGGACGAUAACGGCUGGUGAAACUGGGCAGACUGGCAGAGAUGUAGUGGCUGCAGUAACGAGGCUUUGUAGUGGAAAAAAAGGAAAGGUGUAGCAAAACAAUCACUCCUAAUGCAAUAUAUAGAGCCCCUUCAUGGCACGUGCAUCAGUGAUUGCCACUGGAGGCACCACUUUUUCGUGACUACAUUGAUUCUGAGCAAGUGAUUCAAAUAGGGGAAAGCUCUGGUACUUGGAUGUUGCACCCGAACGACUACGAGUGCUAGAGGGUAAAUGACGGGGCGCACGCCACGAAUAGCUGCAGCCUGGUGAUUGCUGUGCACUCCUCGAUGAAGCGUCACCUCAGUGAUAGACAUACGAGCUACACGAAGCAAUGAAAUGUGAGAAGCCCGAGUAGCAGUGAUCUGCCCCCUUGCAUCAUGCACCUAGGAGCAAUAUAAUUAUUAAGUCUUGAACUGGGAGUACCUCUGGUAGGGGGCUCUGAUGUACAGCCAAGCACACGCCUGUGCUAGCAAGAGAGUCGAAACAGAGGGCUGCUCCAGAUCCAGCAUAUGGCAUGUAUUGUGUAUGCCACACAACAUAAAUCUGGAUAAUAGUGAUUAGUGUCCCCGAUAAUAAAAUGGCAUUCUAUAUUUCUACUCUCGUUUUCUUGGUUGAGUCAUUAAUUGGGUGUUUCAGCAGCGACUGUUUCAGAUUGAUUAGUUUAGGGGGUUUGAGAAAUUUUUUUACAAUCAAAGUUCAUAGCAGUAGUGGACAUCUAUAUUAGUGUGAUGAUCACCAAUGCAGUCAAUAACUAAUUUUGCUUUUAGCUUUUUGUAAAUUAAAAACAUCAGCAAUGCCAAUACGGUAAGCUUAACCAUUUGCUAGAAACUGGCCACUAGAAGUAGUUUAGAAAAACAUGUAUGUAAAAUUUAUGAGGAAAUGCAUUGCUGUUCCAGUUAACAUUUUCCAACACUGCAUAAAACUUAAAUGGGAAAACUUGUACAAACUGUAACAGCAAUAUGGUAACGCUAUGUCUUCUGAGCCUGCUUUUCUUGAAGCCAGUGCAAGGCAGAGUUCCUACCAAAAAGUUGUUCUUUGCAUACUUCUGCAAUUCUAAUAUGCCCCUGAAGUUAUUAAAGUUAGUAAAAAUCAGUUACUUAACAAUUCCAUUGCUAAUUGAUACACAAAUUAUGGGGUCCUCCAACUUUCAGUCAGCAAAAAACUUUUUCUCGAAUCCCGUAUUCUAUUAAUGAGAGAUGGUCACCGCAGAAACACGUGGCAUAAUGACAGCCUAUAUGUGCAUAUUCUUAUUUUUGUGCAUGUAUGCGCAUUUGUCCCUAUAGUUUACGACUGAUGUUUUGCCAAGUAACAGGUCGGCCAUCUGAGCAGCCAUAGUUUCUGUGCAGUUCUUUUCCCUCCUCUUUGUGUCUCAUGCUUCUGUUGCAAUGACCUGCUGCCACUUGAUAUCUCUCGCACCCAAUUGUGUAGUGGCUGCCAAGCCUAUGACCUGCAUGACUGGUGUGCAUGACGACCUUGCAUGCAUUCUUGAAGCCUUUUUCUUGUGUCAUUUCCUAUUGCAGCGAGAUAAUUCACAAGUGAGUGUGCAGGCAUAUCGCUGUACAUAUAUUGUGUAAGUAUGGUUUCAGCGCUUAAAUGCUAAUGCUUUCCGGGACACAGUAUGUGAGCAACGCCUUACAUACAGUGAUCUGCAUUUUUACUCUGCAGUCACUUAGAGGUUUUACUCUGAGUUUGCAGUCAGAUUUUGCAACAAGAUUGUAUUCAUUGGUCCACAUUGUGAAAUAUAACCCUUGGCAUUGUUGCCUGCGUGGUUCAUCUGAACCGUUAAUUGGCAACAGGCAGCAGAACCAGUCCACAUGUUCUGAAACACGCUCAUGCAAUGUUAAUGGGCUCGUUGUAUGAUGGAUAUUAAUUUUUUCUGAAUGAACCAGGGAACGAAGAUAGUAAGCACAUUAUUGGACACGGUGCACCAAAAAGUAAAAUGUGGCCACAAAUUUAGCAAAAGAAAAGUAGCAGUCAGUGGAAACAGCAGUAAGUGGAAAACUCUUUUUAGUACUGUAGAAUAAAGGUGCAACUCACUGUAUACUACCAUUGAAAGUCGACCCACAGAGGAAUGUGCCUCCGUUGAUGACAAGCUCUGUUAUUGUGAGCAAUAACCUGUGUUGUCUAUUGUUGUCAGCGCACUAGUGUUCUGCAUUGCCAGAUCACCUUUCUGAGCACAUUUGUUGCUUGUCGUCUGUACACCUGCUUUGUUUAUCAGGAAUGUGUGAAAGAUGCACUUGGAAUAGCGUGAUUCAUAUGCAAGCAAUUUACUGUGCCUGUGCCUUUGGGUGUUAUUCCUUCUGUAUUGCAAAUUGGCUUCAGUGAAACUGGCAUUUUUAUUGUUUCCAUCACUCAUUUCACUUUACAAGGUUGUGAAAAAAAGUAUUAAAUAAAGAGCCUCGUGCAAAUAUAACAAACAGCACCAGCAUUGCUAGUUUCUCCAGGGGUUGAAACAGAACCAUCAAUUUACUAGCUUGCACAUGCAACUGGGUCAGUGAGGAGCAUGGCAAAAUAACGAACUUGUACUUUGGGAAACCCAAAAAUUUUUUACAUAUAAGAUGUUGAGUGUGGAGAGGUCACAUUUUCUGUUAGAAUGCAGCACAGAUAUUUAGCUUAAAUUACUGCUGGAUAUUCAUAAGGCCGUUUCAUUUGUAUGAAGAGUUUUGGUACAUAGUUGGUACAGCUAGUGCACUUUUUAUUUUUGCAGUGGUCUGCAUUUUUGCAAUCUUAGGUUCAUUGUGCCCAACAUUUUGCAGUCCUCUAACCACAUAUUCUCUAAGCGGUCAACCAUCCAGAAGAGUCACUUGUAUCGAAUGGUGUAUAAAUAUUGAGUUCCAGGGAUACAUUACUUUUCUAGGUAAACUGUUGGCUUGUUCACGAUUGACUUUUGUGCAGAGGUGGCAUUGCUCAGUUCAUGCAGCAUGAUUGAACAUAUCACUACCAUGUUUCAUACGGAAUAAAUCAAGUAUCCAUCAGCUGCAGCAAUGCCAGAUGAAAAAGUAAGAAAGUCUUGCUGCAAAAGCCUGAUGGAACCAUCUGUCACUGAUAGACAAACAGCAUCACUGUUCCUGAGAUCUACAUGUCUUGUCUGGCAUUGCCACGGGUGAUGCAUCCUUCUGCUUUAUUCAAGAAAGACCAGAGAAGUAAUGUCUGCGAACAUGGUAUUAAACUGCACACUCCGAACAGUGCUACCUGUGCACAAAAGUCAAGCCCAAACAAGAGGAAUACAUACCCUGAACUAUUAUAUAUGCAGCAUUUGGUGUCUGAUACAUUGAUGUGGAUCUGAGACUGCUUAAUGUGGUGUCAGAGGCAACCAAAUAUGCAAUACAGUAACCACAUGGAAUGCUUUUUCUACACAUUAUUGCCGUCACAUUCCUGGCAUCUAUGCAUCCAUGUCUAGUUAUACAAUAUUUAUGUUUUUGUAAUGAUUGAGUUGUGUUUCAGGGUCGUAUUCGGUAAUCAUGUCAUGCACACAUAUCUGCAGGGACUAUAGUGUGGUGAUUGUACUGCUGAAAAUAAACUCACUGCUGUCAGGUGGCACCACACUGAAAAUAUGUCAGAAAUACAUUUGGUAUGAUUUUCAUUUGACUUGAGGCAUCUCAAGAAAUCAGACCUGUGAUGAGAUUAGGAAGUUUGAAGGCGUACGAUGCAGUCAGUAAUGUGAGACAAGGGUAAGUGAAGGUGACUGGCAGAGAAGGUCAUCAUGCUGUUGACAUAAUGGGAUGAUGACGAUGCCAGCCAUAAGAAAGAUUGUUUUUAAAAUAGAGCAUGGCUUUUGUCAGCUUUAUUUAAUGUGGUAUUGAGCAAUGUAGUCCGUACUUAAUUGCUCAAUAAGAACUCUUUAGUGCCACCCAUAGAAACUGCAAUAAUCUGGUGCUGUUUGAAAGGGAUUGUCAUUCGUGCAGUGUGACUGUUUUGUUUACUGCUUUCUUUGAACACUGCACUAUCCACAUGCUGUGUCCAGCACAUGUGUGUUGUAUUUCACAAAUGUAUAUCUGUACUUCACGAGUGUAGUGUUGUAGUUCACAAAAUGUGAUACCCCCCUUUAUUUUUCAGUGCUAUGCGUGUCACUAUUUCAUAAUUGAUUGACCUGCUUUGUUGGCAUAUGACACUUGUGUUUGAAUAUAAGCACCUUUGAAUUUCGGCAGGGUAAAAAAGUGCACUGUCAUACAGUGAGCCAUUGCUUCCAAAGCCCACCAAAGUGCAUGGCCAUUAAAAGCCAUUAAAAGCUUUGAUACGCUGCCAUUUACUUACUUCCAUGACUAACAUUUUGAUGGGCAUUCUGAAUGGUGCCAAUCAACUUCAUUUGGCAAGCAACAGUAUUUUGUGAUUUUUACCUGCAGCUGAAAUUGCAGUGUUUUUUACUUUACUGGCUAGCUAGAGUGACAGUGUGAUUUAAUGCCCAGUUUUGUCUGGUUAUUGGUCCAUUUUUACUGAAUGCAUCUAUUUUUGUUUGUUCCAUGUGGUAGUUGGCACAGGUAACUUUUUUGUGCAAGUUAUGUCACUUUGUGCUGAAACUAAUUAGUAGUGUCGGCAUGUGGUCAAAAGAGACGUAAAAUGUGGCCUUGUACAUUAGAUGAACCCUUCGAAUUCAAACCUUUCCUUUGUAUUUUGUAUGGCAUUAAUGACUGCUGGCAUGUUUAGUUCAUGUGCUGAAAUGUGACAGAAUUUGAAUCCUUGCUUUUACUUUUUAUGACAUUCAUGACUUGGCAUGAUUGGUUCAGCUGUUGCAAUUUGACACAAGAGAUACACCAGGAGUAUGCAGCAAAUCUUAGAGCAGAAUCUAAAUGCUACUAAAGUGUCCUUAACUGUGGUGCUAAUUGUAAUGGAUUGCCCAAAGUAUCCAGUGUACCACAUUUUUGUAUAAGACUGCAUCUAGUCAUGCUUAUAUUUUUUAUAUGACCCACACAGUCAUGGCAUCUGAUAACCGAUAACCGCCAUGAUUUACACAUGUGAAGUGCGACAUUUUUUUUAUGUCACAUGUAAACACUUUGGGUCUUUAUUUUUGUGCUUUGGUUUCUUAUACUUAUGGUUUUGCAGGGCAAAGUUGGCACUUCCAUGACAGCUAAAAGCACUGAUGAUUUUUUUCACUUGUAUUGCUCGCUAAAUUUUAUGCCUUUGACUUUUUCAAUACGAACAAGGUCCCUGUGUGGACAUUUUACCUUAUGUGUGUAUUCAAGGGAAAUAAACCCAUUUUUAACAUUACUGUA